AUGUCUGAAGUGCAUUUCCUAGCUACUCUCUCUUAUCUCUACAUUCUUCUUCAUUACAAAAGAACUUUCUUAUAGAAGAAAUAGGCACAUCAAAAACAUGAAUACAAAAGACAGCAGACCAGAAAAAGUAAUUCCGAAUACACUGCUUUUAUUGCUGUAUCUGUCAAAAUUCUCGAUUUACCUCUAAAAGAACCUCGGCAAGAAGAGAUAAGUGACUUAGAACAAGAAAGACACAGCAAUGACAGUGUUGAAAAUAAUGUUUAUUUUAUCCAGUCCCUCUGGAUAAAACUUUUACUUAAUAAAAAAAUGCUUCACGAUUAAUCACUAGAAGAACUGAUCAGAGCUAAACUCAAUGAGAAAGUAUAAAAUCCUUUAGAGUAUGUCAACUAUCAAUUUGAGACAGAGGAAUGGUCAAAUAUUCCCUCUCUAGUGCCUCAAUAUAUUUUGCAUCUGAAUAAUCAUCUGAGAGCACUUAUCGGUCACUGCAAAAUGAGAAGUUUAGAGGAGACAACAUUAGAUCUGCGUCAAGAUGUCUUUAACAAUUUCAAGAAACGUGACUCUGAUUUGAAUGAGAUUAUGGACAUUAAUCAGAAUGAGCACAAUGAGAUUCAACUUAGAUGCGAUAAUUUAAACAAGCUCAUUCUACAGACACAGGAUUAAUUUGUCUGGCUUAAGCAGUUAUAAGUCAAUUAAGUCAAUGAAAAUUUAUCUAAGUAUUUUGAAUCUAGCUCGAUUGAUUUUGAGAGUGAAUUCGAUUCAGGAGACACUAAUGGAUUUUAUUGUGAAAAAGAAUAUCAUUAGGAACCCAGAGCAUUCUCAAUUCUUCAACUUAGAACUCUGAUUAGUUUUGCUUUGACUAAAUCAAUGACAAACAAAAGAAUUCAAUGUGCAGAGAUAGAUAUGAAAGACUUAUAAAAAACUGUUGAGGAGCUUCAUGAUUGGAAAAAAGAAAUAGAAUAGAGGAUGUACUACAAAUUCUAAGAGGUAAAUGAGAAUAUAGAUUCAAUAAGAAAAGCAAAUAAAAAGUCUGAAGAUGAUCAAGGAAAGAGAAAUCAUGAUAUUCUAGAAAAAAUCAAAGAGUGUAACAUUAAGAUUCAAAAGAACAAGGAUUUACAUGAUGAAAAUCUGAUUUUCUAAGAAAUGAUUAACAGCAGAUGUGAUGAGCUUUUAGAAAAGAUAUAGAAGAACAGAGAUAUUUAAAAGAAAGCGAUGUCGGAUCAAUCGCAUAAAUUUGAACUUAAAAUAGCAGAAGCAAUGACAGAGAUGAAUCAGAAUUUUUCUUCUACUAGAAAGGAAAUAGAUAGAAAUAAGUAAGAUAUUCAUGAUCUAUUUGAAAUGAAGCAUGACAAUUUGACUCAGCAUGUUGAAAACGAAGUACAUGCAAUAACUUAGCUCUCUGAAUCUACUUUGAAUGAAGUUAAAUCUUUUAGAGAAGAACUAACAAAAAAGAACAAGCAUAGAAUUACAAAGAUGAAAGAUGUUUGCAGUGGGUUUUUUGAGAAGACUGAAAAAAUGGUAAAUAGGAGUUCCAAAAGUGUAGAAGAGAUUGAAAAGACUUUUGAAAAUUGGAAAAUGAAUGUUAUGAAGCCAGCUCAACUAGCAGAGGCUAGAUUAUUUUCUAUAGAGGCUUAACUGUUUGAGAAUGAAAGUGAAAGAAUGGCUGAAUUCUAAUUUACCAAAGAAAUUAUUAAGAAGUUUGUAUUUGCAGUUGAAACAUAAUUUGCUAAAUAUAAUCAUGAUACCUCGCUUAGCUACACAGCUAGUCCAGGAACAUUGCUAAAUGUUUCUACUUAAGAUGACAUUGAUGGAUUGCCAAAUAGUUCAAUAACUCCUAAUCAGCAUUCUACUAACCACAGUAAAACUGAGCUUCCAAGUGUAUUACUCCAAUAAGCAAAGUUUUCAUUCGGUAAUCCUAAUGAUCAACUUAACGAUGGAAUGAAAGUUACGAAUCUCUUUAAUAGAAAGUAUAGCCAUAGUAGAAAGAAUAAUAAUAGAACACUUAAUGAUGCAUCUUUGCAUAUCAAUACAGAGAGGAAUAAUACCGGUGGAGGUGGAUAUAGCGUAUUCAAAUAAAGACUUUAACUUAUCAGAUAAGCAUUAGAGCAAGAUAGUGAGCUCGUUCCAUAGUACAAACAUAGAGUGCCCCUCAAGCAUUAACAGCCAUACAAAAUAAACUACACUUAGGAAAAAUCAAUUAAUGACUCUUAAUUUGACAAAUAACUACUGGAUAAUACUUCGCCAUCAGUCAUAUCAGACAAUGUACCUCAUGAAUCUCUAACCGUUGACCUCAUAGAUAAACCCUAGAGAUCAGUUUCCAAGCCUAUGAAAUCAAAAAUGAAUACUGGUAAAAUCUCGCCGGGUAAUAAUAAUAAGAUAAACUCACUAUUGUCAAAUUAUGGAUCGCACAAGAAGCCAAUAAAUGCUUUCAAUCAAUUCUUAAUUAAAAACAAUCCAAAUAAUAAUUCUAAUGUUGUGACAACUGAAGUUACUGAAUCUUAUCCUGAAACCUUAGCUUUAGAUUAUACUUUUACUCAUAAGAGCUAACUUAAGACCUUAUCAAUUGCAGAAUAAAACAAGUUGGCCCCUAUUUACCAUCACGUGGACUAGAUUGAUGCAAUUUUGAGAGACAAAUAGCUUUAGCUAGAGAAAGAGUUAUCUGAAAAAAGAGUUCAUAAGAGAGCCAAACUUAGAUCAGAAAACAAAGAUUAUCCAGGGGUGAAUUUAGAUCCUAUCAUUAAUGUUAGAAAGUAGCAAAACUAGCAGCAACUUAAUACAAUCCUUUGA